CUAAUAUAAUAAUUUUCUAUAUUGAAAUUAAAAACAACACAAAUAUUAUUCACCGAUUACCCACUUCAUUGUGAUCCAUAUUAAAGCUUUCCAUUUUGAAUUAUUAUACAGCUGAGUUCAUGUUAUCCAUUUUAUCAUUAAAUUUUUUGAGUUUUUAAGGUUAGUGGAUACACAUUACUUUUUAGCUUAUUGUUAACAAUUUGAAAUGACAUAAACUACCUAUUUACCUUUUCUUUCACUUUAAGAGAAUAUAUAGAUUUAAUAUGAAAAGCAAUUGACUUUGUGAUUAAAAAAAGCAAGUAGAAAUAUAUCAAGUAUCACUAUUGUUUUUUCUUCUUGUCUUGCAUUGUAUUAUAAUUAUAAAAUGUAAUAUUCUUGUUUGAAAUUUCUAUCUUGUUCAACAAAAAGUUUUAUUAUUUUUUAAUGGUCAUAAAAAUGUGUGUUUUUAUAUGAGGCGUAAACUCCAAAGCCUUGCUUAGCUGGCAGUGGUUCUAUGCCAGUGGCCAAAAUCAACCACAAAAACCCCUUUCAUGCCCUUCAUUUCUCCAAAUCCUUCCAUCACCAUGAAACUGAACUUGAAAUCUACAUCUUUUUUAAUUCAAAACUGAAAACCCUCUCAAGCUUGCUUCAAUGGUAUCUCUUGAAGAAACCCGUCGUUCUAAUUCCUCCAUAACUCGACCUUACCCUUACUACACACCACCUUCAUCUUCUUCUUCACCUUCCAGGAGCAAACAUAUGGGUCGCUCCAUGAGAACCAUUCGUUCAAAUUUCCACCAAUCCGAUUACAGCAACGCGUGUUCCUUCACAUCCACCGAAACCCACUUUAACGAUGAAAACCUUACUGAUUCUGUUAUCGAUGUUCAUUUGCAGGAGCUCGCUACAGCUACCUGCGGGAGCAACAGUAAGCCGUUGAAAUCAGCGUCUUCUACGAUGUCCUCUGACGAUUUUCUAGAAAUUUCUCAAGCCUUCAGUGAUUUCUCGGCUUACAGUAGUGAUAUAUCGGGAGAAUUACAACGGUUGGCCACUUUCCCGGAGGAAUCGAGAGAGAAUGAUGAAAACCGGGAGCUGAAACCGGAGCCGGAGCCUUGUGAAGGGUUUCUGCAACGGGAGAAUUUCUCAACGGAGAUAAUUGAGAGCAUUUCGCCUGAGGAUUUACAGCCGACUGUUAAGAUCUGUGUUGAUAGUCUGAGGUCGAGUUCCGUUGCCGUGAAGAGGUCGGCGGCAGCGAAGCUGAGACUGCUAGCGAAGAACCGAUCAGAUAAUCGAGCGUUAAUCGGAGAGUCCGGCGCCAUUCCGGCGUUGAUUCCACUUCUCCGGUGUACCGACCCUUGGACUCAAGAGCACGCCGUUACUGCGCUACUUAAUCUAUCUCUCCUCGACGAUAACAAACCACUAAUUGCCAACGCGGAAGCUGUAAAAUCCCUAAUUUAUGUUGUAAAAACCGGGACGGAAGUUUCGAAGCAAAACGCUGCCUGUGCGUUGUUAAGUUUAGCUUUGGUCGACGAAAACAAGGCGUCAAUCGGAGCUUGCGGAGCUAUUCCUCCAUUGGUAUCUCUCCUAAUCAAUGGUUCUAAUCGAGGGAAGAAAGACGCGUUAACCACUCUGUAUAAGCUCUGCUCGAUGAAGGCGAACAAGAAGAGAGCAGUAUCUUCGGGGGUGGUGAAGCCUUUGGUGGAGCUAGUUGCCGGGGAAACGGGUGUCGGAAUGGCGGAGAAAGCGAUGGUGGUGUUGAGUAGCUUGGCGGCGAUAGAGGAAGGGAAGACAGCGAUCGUGGAAGAAGGUGGGAUUACGGCGUUGGUGGAGGUGAUUGAGGAUGGUACAUCGGUGAAAGGGAAAGAAUUCGCGGUGGUGACAUUGUUGCAGGUGUGUGAAGAAGGUGUUAAUAGCGGGAGAAACAGAGGGUUGUUGGUCGGAGAAGGUGCAAUUCCGCCGCUUGUUGCUCUUUCACAGACGUCAACCGCCAGAGCUAAACACAAGGUUGAAAGAUUACUUGGGUACCUGAGAGAACAAAGGCAAGAAGGUUCUUCAACUCCAAUAUGAACAGUUUGGUUGGCUGUACAUAAAUAUAUUAUAUUAUAUUAUAGGAAAUGGAUUUUGUAGAGUGGAAUAAAAUAUUAUUGGGUUUGAUUUUUUUUAAUAUAUAUAUUUUUUAAAAAUCUAGUGUUGUUUUUAUUUGAAUUUAAAUUUAUUAUAGCUGGCAAGAAGCAUGAUGGGUGUUUUUUUUUCUUUUUCUUGGGUGGGUGUGUGUUUAAAUCCAUCAAUUCAAUUCUUAUCACUUGUAACAAUAAUCGUGUGAUAUUAUUCUUAUUCUUAUAUGGAGAUAUAUGGUUUUGGAA